AUGGCCGAAAAACCGAAAGAACCAAUCGAUCCUUUAUCCGAAAAAAUCAUGUUAGGCCGAGUAUGUGAAGAAGCACAAAGAAAAAACGUUUUUGAUGAAAAUAAUGAUCAAAAGAAAAAGUUGAUGAUAUUAGUCGAUUUUAUUAGUGAAAAUGCUAAAGCUUCAUUUGUAAUUCAAUACAAAAAUUACGUUUAUAAUGAAGAUUUAGAUAAAGAUAAUCCAUAUGUUCAACAAAAUGAAUUAAAUCUUGAAAAAUAUGAAAAAUGUCUUGAUUUUGAUAAAUCACAACAAAUUCUUGAAGAAAAAAUUUUAUUAGUUUGUCAACAAGCAUUUGAUUAUUUAGUUCGUUGGUCGAUCAAUAUUGGAAUGGAUGACGAUUAUGUCGGUAUGGCACGUGUUAGUAAUCAAGCACUUAUUAUUCAAUUUAUUUUGAAAUUAAUUGAGGAUACUAAAUGUAAUCCAAUUGAAUGUACUGAAGCAUUCUUUAAAAGGUUAGAUAUUUGGUUUUAA